AUGAGGAUGUUGGCCUACGGGGCGGCGGUCGACUUGCACGACGAAUAUUUGAGAAUGAGCGCACAACUCUUUCGCAAAUCUCUCAUCAAGUUCGUUGAAGGUGUAAUUUCUAACUUCGGCGAUGAGUACUUGCAAAAGCCCAAUGAAGAAGAGUUGGCAAGACUUCUGCAUAUUGGAGAACAACGUGGGUUUCCAGGCAUGUUGGGUAGUAUUGACUGCAUGCAUUGGGAAUGGAAGAAUUGUCCAACUUCAUGGGCUGGACAAUAUGCCGGAAGAAGCGGGAGUCCGACAAUCAUCUUGGAAGCAGUAGCAUCUCAAGAUCUGUGGAUAUGGCAUGCUUUUAUUGGAACUCCAGGUUCGAGAAAUGAUAUUAAUGUGCUUGAUCAAUCUCCUGUUUUUGAUGAUAUUUUGGAAGGUCCACAAACGAUGAGGCACAAGUUGUUUGCUCGACAUCAAGAGUCUGCGCGAAAAGAUGUUGAGCGAGCUUUUGGUGUCUUGCAAGCUCAUUUUGCUUUUAUCAAAUGUCCAUGUCUUAUUUGGGAUCGUGAUAUUAUGGGGACAAUAAUGAUUGCUUGCAUAAUCUUGCACAAUAUGAUAGUGGAAGAUGAAAGAAGCACAUAUUCGAAUUAUUGUGAUCCAGCAGAAUUUAUUCAAGAUCGAUUUGGACAAAGUAGUCGUGAGAAUGAAGAUGGAGAUGCGAAUAAUGAUUUCAUAUAUUCUAUGAAUAGGAUUGUGAGUCUAGCUUCUUACAUGAAAAACAAAGCCCAACUUCAAAACAGAGAAGCUCACAAAGCUCUGCGAGAUGAUUUGGUUGAGCAUAUAUGGGCAAAAUUCGGCAAUUGCAAUUGA